UCUAUGACAACUUUGAUUGGCUUUCUUUCUUUUUUUAUGGCUAACAAUGGGGCAACGUCCCCACCACGACAUCUAGAGUUAAUGCGGUACAACAUCAGCUUCCAACCACAUUACAAUUCUAGCCAGGGAUCUCCAGGAUCAUUAUAACGCCAUUGAUUUUUUACUUCAUUUGCUUCUAUCCUUUCAUUUGUUUCCCUUCUCCAUCCAUCCCCUCUCCCACGUAUUCCAAGCUCCCCUACCAGCACCUUCGAUCAUGGCUUUAUACUCGAAGCUUUUCAACUCCGACUGAUUUUACAGUCCUGACAUUGCUGCUCCUGCUGCUACCGCUACAGUCAUAAAUUUGCAAAUCCACUAAAUAAUAAAGUCAGGGUAAUUAGUCCUACCUUAUCAUGGAUUUCUCCUCUUAUCUACCAGCAAUUGUUGGAGGCCUUUUAGGGUUGGUAAUGUUGUACAAUAUAUGGAGGUUGAGGCUUUGCAGGCACAGCAGUGAGGGAAAAUUACUAGCCCCAGAAGCGUCAGGUGCCUUACCCAUCAUAGGCCACCUUCACCUGCUUGGUGCCCAACGAACAGUUGCCCGAACCCUUGCAGCUAUGGCAGAUAAAUAUGGACCUGUCUUCACAAUCCGACUCGGCAUGUUCCGCACCCUUGUCGUUUCCAAUCACGAAGCAGUUAAAGAGUGUUUAACAAUAAACGACAGGAUCUUUGCCACUCGCCCAAGAUCGAAUGUAGGAACAUACCUUGCUUACGACUACGCAGGCUUUGGGUUUGCUCCUUACGGAGCAUAUUGGCGUGAGAUGCGUAAGGUAGCCGUGGUUGAACUUCUCUCUACCCAUAGGCUAGCGACAUUAAAGCAUGUUCAAAUCUCGGAGGUGAAUGCAUUUAUCAAAAAUUUGUACUUCUUUUGCAAGAAAAAUGAGCAGAGUCCUAACCAAAAGAUCUCAAUUGAUCAAAGGCUUCAUGUUUUGACCUUAAACAUGAUUCUAAGAAUAAUUGCAGGGAAGAGAUAUUUCUCAGAUGCUGAGAGUGAAGACAAGGAAGCCAAACGUUUCAUGAAGCUAUCCAAAGAAUUUGCGUAUUUCUUAGGUGUUAAUUCUCUUUCAGAAGUGGUUCCGUUUUUAAAAUGGAUGGAUAUCUGGAGCUGGCAAGUGAAAUCGAUGAAGCGUAUUUCGAAGGAGAUGGACUCUCUUGUUCAAAGUUGGGUCGAUGAACAUAAAUUAAAGAGGCUUAAAAUCGGAGCAAACAAUGAUCAAGAUUUCAUCGACGUGAUGCUAUCUGUGAUAGAGGAUGAUUCCAUGUUCGGCCAUACACGCGAAAAUAUUAUCAAGGCAACAGUAACGACUCUAUUGUCAGCAGGGAGUGACACGACAUCCCUUGCAAUGACAUGGAUUUUGUCCAACUUGAUGAACAAUAGACAUGCCUUGAAGCGUGCUCAAGAAGAGCUAGACCUGAAAAUUGGUCGAGAUAGAUGGGUGGAAGACUCUGAUAUUGAGAAAUUAGUCUAUCUCCAGGCCAUAAUUAAGGAAACAUUCCGCCUAUAUCCACCAGCUCCUCUAUCAGUUCCACAUGAGGCAAUGGAAGAUUGUCGUGUUAGCGGCUACCAUAUUCCAAAGGGCACACGUUUAUUUGUGAAUGUAUGGAAGUUGCAACGAGACCCACGAAUUUGGUCGAAUCCUGAGGAAUUUCAGCCGGAAAGAUUUCUCACAACCCAUGAAAACGUGGACAUUUUGGGCCAAGAUUUUGAGCUGAUCCCAUUUGGUUCUGGUAGACGAUCUUGCCCAGGGAUGACUUGGGCAUUGCAAGUGACUCGCUUGACAAUUGCACGCCUGCUUCAAGGAUUUGACUUAACAGCACCUUUAAAUGCUCCAGUGGAUAUGACUGAAGGCCCAGGUGGUAACAUGCCCAAGGCAACUCCUCUCGAAGUGAUUCUAUCUCCUCGCCUUCCUGAUGGUCUUUAUCAACUCUAAAUUAAUGAAAUUUCUUACUAUCCAAUAGUGAAUAUAAGGCCUCUUAUGGCCCCCAACUGAUGGACAAUGCGACCAAUUUAAAUAUGAAUAACGCAGGCCAAUCCUGUCCCAUUUUCUAUCUUUGUUCUGUGAUUAGCAUAGAGAUGUAAUUGAGUUUAGUAGAGUCAAUGCAACGAAAAGUUUGAAUUUAAAUUCAAAUUAAAAUUUGAUAUUUGU